CUUUUAUUACUUUGACAUUUUUUAUGCUUCUUGAUAAUUUCUUGUCUAGUUGGUGAAAGUGCAUGGGAUUAUCAACACCUAGCAAUCUAGGUCAAAAAUUUGUAUAUAUACAGCUAGCUUCCUCCCUUCACUUAAUACACUGGAGGCCUGAACAAACACAGAAGCAAGAAUCAUGGCCUCAACUUCUGCUUCUUUAAUCCCUCAACUACUUAUCGUACCAUGUCUUUUGCUACUCUCUUCCGGUUUCUUGUACGUGUCGGAAGCACAAACUCCACCUCUGGUGUCCGGACUCUCCUACACUUUCUAUAGUACAAGCUGCCCUAACUUUGAAUCCAUUGUCAGGACCAGGCUUCAGACUGAGUUCGCCUCCGAUAUAGGUCUUGCGGCUGGAUUGCUCCGGAUGCAUUUCCAUGAUUGUUUUGUGCAGGGAUGUGAUGCCUCAGUUUUGCUAGAUGGUUCAGCAAGUGGACCUAGCGAAAAAAAUGCACCACCAAACCUUACACUGAGGGCCAAGGCUUUCCAGAUCAUCGAAGAACUCAGGAGGCUAGUUCAGAAUCAAUGUGGAAGAAUCGUCUCAUGUGCUGAUAUUACUGCUCUUGCGGCUCGUGAUGCAGUUGUUCUGUCCGGUGGUCCAAACUACCGAGUGCCAUUCGGGCGCCGCGACAGCCUCAACUUUGCAACCAGAAAUGCAACUUUGGCUAAUCUUCCCCCGCCGACUGCCAAUACAAGUGCCAUCCUCUCCUCUCUGGCCACCAAAAAUCUCACCGCCACCGACGCAGUCGCGCUCUCGGGGGGCCACACUAUCGGCAUUGGCCAUUGCACUUCUUUCACCGGGAGACUCUACCCCACCCAAGACUCUACCAUGGAUCAAACCUUCGCUAACAACCUCAAAAUCACUUGUCCAACCACAAACUCCACCAACACGACUAAUCUAGAUAUCCGAAGCCCGAAUGUAUUCGACAACAAGUACUAUGUUGACCUCAUGAAUCGGCAAGGGCUGUUCACUUCGGACCAGGAUUUGUAUACGGAUAGCAGGACACGGAGCAUUGUUACAGGUUUUGCUGUGAACCAGAGCUUGUUUUACGAGAAGUUUAUUAUUGGGAUGCUGAAGAUGGGGAUGUUGAAUGUGCUGACCGGAACACAAGGGGAGAUUCGGGCGAACUGCUCGGCCAGGAAUCCGACCAGCAGUUUCUUGUCUACUGUUGUGGAAGAGGGAUUGGAAACUUUGAUGGGAUUUUAAAUUUCUUAUCAUCUGUGUUUGCUUGCUGUGACAAGCGGUCUUUACAAAUAAAUGACUUUUUAUAUAUCUAUAUAUUGAAAACUUUCAUAUCA